UCAUCUGGCAACACACAAAAACAACGAAAAACAAAUCAGCACGCGCACACAGAGUCGCUGUUUUUUUUAUAAUUUUUUACUGUACGGCUUUUAUUGAUACGGACUCCGGUUAUUUGGUGCGGCGAGCAAAAACAGACAAAGUCAGAAACGCCACGCAAAUCGAUAACACACCCAUCGCCCACACACAUCAACACAGACACCCACGUGGACACGGAUACGGAUAAGGAGACGGAGGGAGUAGCACCAGCAGCAUGGGUCAGACACUCUCGGAACCGGUGACCGCCAAGGAGUCGGCCUAUUGCCAAAAUGCCGCCUUCCGCGUCGGCUCCAGUUGCAUGCAGGGCUGGCGCAUCAACAUGGAGGAUUCGCACACACACAUACUCUCGCUGCCGGAUGAUCCGGGAGCGGCCUUCUUUGCCGUCUACGAUGGACAUGGCGGCGCUACAGUGGCCCAGUAUGCGGGAAAGCAUCUGCACAAGUUUGUGCUGAAGCGGCCGGAGUACAAUGACGAUGAUAUCGAGCGGGCACUGCAGCAGGGCUUUUUGGACAUUGACUACGAGAUGCUCCACAAUGAGUCAUGGGGUGACCAGAUGGCCGGCUCUACGGCCGUCGUUGUGCUGGUAAAGGACAACAAGCUUUACUGUGCAAAUGCCGGCGACUCAAGGGCCAUUGCCUGUGUGAACGGUCAACUGGAGAUUCUAUCGCUGGACCAUAAGCCCAACAAUGAGGCGGAAUCAAAGCGAAUCAUUGAGGGCGGCGGCUGGGUGGAAUUCAAUCGCGUCAACGGCAAUCUGGCACUUUCCCGGGCACUUGGCGACUUUGUGUUUAAGCGAGCGAACAAAAAGCCGGAAGAUCAGAUCGUCACAGCCUACCCGGACGUGGAGACGCGCAAAAUCAUGGAUGAUUGGGAAUUCAUCGUGCUGGCCUGCGAUGGCAUUUGGGAUGUGAUGAGCAAUGCGGAAGUGCUUGAGUUCUGUCGCACGCGCAUCGGUAUGGGCAUGUAUCCGGAGGAGAUAUGCGAGGAGCUGAUGAACCACUGCCUGGCGCCCGACUGCCAAAUGGGCGGCCUCGGUGGCGACAAUAUGACCGUUGUGUUGGUCUGUCUGCUGCACGAUCGACCCUAUAGCGAUCUGAUAGCCCGUUGCCGGAAUAGUAAUGAGAAUGAAGCCACCACCAAGGAGGCAACGCCACCAUCGCCCAAAGGUUGUGGUGAUAACUCGGAAGAUGCGGAAACCGAUACGGAAACAGAAACGCAAUCCAAUCCACAACCAAAUUCCUGUUCGAACCCAAAGUCCAAGGAUGAUGACGAUGCGAAGAAGGAUCAGCAGGAUGCGCUGCUGGCAGCGGCCGAAAUGCAGCUGAACUAUAUCUACUAGUGUUGCGCCUUACAAUUAACUUAGGGUUACUCCGCAAAUACCGCUUAAGGUCUAAAGAAAAAAACAGCAAAAGCAAGUGUUCUUGGUUAAGUUUUUUAUAUGCCCAAACACACACACCACACACACACAGUCCUUGCAGAAAAGAAUGAAAUUGUAAUUGUAAUUGUUUUAAAUGUCCUUUUCCCCCCUCCCUUGAUGCGUGUAUAUACAUAUAUGCCUUCUCUCGUAACUAUAUAUUUCUAUGAUUUACUACUACUGAUGUUUUGUGAUGCCCCAAGAGCAAAAACAAGGAUAAAAACAAACAAACAAACAA